UCCGCUUCACUGACGUGUUUCAUGUGGGAGGAACCUAAAACUGGCAGUGAAAUGGAAACAUUCAGGACACAGACUUUGAAAGAGAAACAAGUCUAACUGCUUGUAAAAAGCAAAAUGGCGAGCAAACAUUCUUAUGUUGAAGAAUCAGACAAUCCAGGAGAACCAAAGUCAACGGAUCAAAAAAUCCGAAUUGUGUUGGUAGGGAAAACAGGAGCUGGGAAAAGUGCCACAGGAAACACCAUCUUACAAAAAAAGGCCUUCGUCUCCAAGAGUUCUUUCUCUUCACUGACAGCAGAAUGUCAGAAGGAAGAAGGAAAGUUUGAAGACCAACACCUGGCUGUGAUUGAUACCCCAGGUCUGUUUGACACCAAGAAAACUGAAGAAGACGUGAUGAAGGAGCUCGUCAAGUGUAUCUGCUUAUCUGCUCCUGGUCCUCAUGUGUUCCUGGUUGUAAUCCAACCAAACAGAUUCACUGAAGAAGAACAAAAAACAGUGCAACUCAUUGGGAAGAUUUUUGGUGAAAAGGCCACAGAUUACACCAUGGCUUUGUUUACCCAUGGAGAUGAUUUGGUGGCAGAUCAAAUCUCUGUAGAGGAAUUAAUUAAAACCAAUGAAAAUGUGAGUGCCAUCAUUGAUCAGUGUGGUGGAGGAUAUCAUAUGUUUAACAACAGAGCUGAGGAUUCCUCUCAGGUAGAAGAGCUGCUGAAGAAAAUGAAUGCAAUGGUUGAGAAAAAUGGAGGACGAUACUACACUAAUGAGAUGUUUCAAGAGGCAAAACGAGCCAUUGAUGAGGAAAUGACGAUCAUUCUGAGCCAAAAUCCAAACAUGGAGCUCAGUGAAGCCAGAAGAAUGGCAGAGACAGACAACUGGCUCAUUCAGAGCGUUCUGGAAUUUGCUGUUGCUGGAGCUGAGAUGGGCGCGAAAGUUGGAAAAUGGACGGGACCGAUGGGAACAGCAGCUACAACUUCACUGGGAGCUUCACUGGGUGUAUUGGUGGGAGGUUUGGUUACAGGUGUCAGAGCCAUUGAGAUGGAGACCCAGCGCGGGUGCAUUUUGCAGUGACAUCAUAAAUAAAUGAAUAAUUAGCUGUUUGUUAAAACUAUAAGUAGCUCAAAAUCAGAGAGGAAUGAUUGUAUAGAUGUCUCAUUUUUUCACUGCUUAUAUAAUUUCAUGGAGUUUUAUUGUUUGCCACCAACCUGCCGCCCCGUGGUGAUGGUGGCUAUGUCUGUCUCAGUCGUUGUGUCCUUGUGCAAGACACUUCACCCGCCUCUCCUGCUGAUGGUGGUCAGAGGGCUCGGUGGCAUCUGUGGAUAGCAGACUCACUUCUGUCAGUCUGCCCCUGGGCAGCUGUGGCUACCAUGUAGCUCACCACUGUUAGUGUGUGAAUGGGUGGAUGACUGAAUGUAGUGUGAAGCGCUUUGGGGUUUCUGGGGGCUUGUUAAAGCGCUGUACAAGUACAGGCCAUUAACCUUUUACCAUUUAUUUAUAAUUUAAAUAUUCAGGAUUAGUGGUUGUUUGACAUCCUUGAUUCAAAAUCAUUUCCUGAUUUAUGUUGUAAUAAUCUCUCCUGUCUCUUGUCCUUUUAUGAGCUGUGCUUACCUAUAAUAACAAAGUCUAAAGGUUAAAGGCAUAACCAUAUCUUCUCUGUGGUUAAUCAUGUACUGUAUACACUUGUUAAAGAUACAAAUAAAAAAGUGUGUAAGUGUUUUAUUUUAAGCAACCAAACAAAUAAUUGGGGUUUUCCCGCUGCAAACUCAACCACAGAUCUGUGUCCUUGUUUAAUAUUCCAGUGUAGCCAAAAUUCUGUUUAAAAUAAAUCUGUCAAAUGAA